AUGGUGUCUCAAAGCGUGGAGACUCGCAGAUUACAAACUGACACGAUAGAGACUUCUGAUGGUGAUGAUUCAGAUACGAGUUGUUGUGCAACCUGUUCCUCAGCUCCUCAGCAAUAUGUACGGAUAGCCACUUGGCCAACAGCUGCGGAAACUCUAAAGUCGUAUGCAAACAUGUACAAUUCUCUUCACAAAGAUGCUCUCAAGAUUUUAGUGGAUACCAUUCCUUCGAUUCGCGAUUUGCAAGAUUCCAUUGAACUUACCAAAACAUCUCUGGCCAUUGACAGUCAUCCCCGAGUAGAUGGAUAUGUGGUACCGCCCAUGCUGCUUGGAACAUUAUCAGAAGAACUGGCCUCUCUUGAUUUUGCCACGGAAAACUACUUGCCCAUCUAUGAACAUUUGACGACUGUGGAUGGGACAACUGCAGCGAUUCCACUCUUUGCCGGAAACCAGCUAUUGUUGUUUUACAAAAAAGACUUGCUAGAAGCCAACGAAUUGGGCGACGAAGCACCACCAAAUACUUGGGAUGAAUUGACAGAAUUUGCCAAAAAGCUAGAUGGUGAUGGUUCUGUGACAGGAUUAUGUCUUGGACGAAUGAGCGAACACGCCUGUCGUCAACGAUCCAGUAUAACUGGAAUGCCAUGUCACUCUCAAAGCAUGUCAUAUUGGAGCAUGGUCCUGGCUUCAUUAGCACAAAGUGCAGGGGCAUCUUCAGGCUGGUUGUUCAAUGUCAAAUUGAAUGGGAAAAUUGUGCCACUGUUGAAUCAAACUUUGCAACCAGCCUUGAAUAUCAUUGAGGAACAGCUCCAAUAUGGUGGCGCUGAUGCAUUGGAGAGUGAUUCCUUGGAUAACCUGAAAGGUUUCCGACAAGGGGCUUGUGCGAUGACGAUAUUGGGCCAUCAUCCGCUCGAUUUAUUAAAGGAUCCCAAUGUGGGUGUUGCAUUGCUUCCGGGUUCUUCGAUGGUGCUGGACCGUCCAGCCGCUGCCUUGAGAGAGUGCACCUACCGCAGCUGUCCCCAUGGUCGAGUCAAUCCCAACAAACAGGGAGAAGGAGUGAAUCGAGCUCCGAUUGGAGCCUUGGACAUUGCCAUGGGGACCAUUUUGGAUGCCAGCAAUCAUAAAGGCGAGUUGAAGGAGUUCUUUGACUUUGUGGAGGAGCAUCGCUCGUUAAAUGAUGAGAUGGGCGGAGGACGACAGCCACUAACGUAUGACGAGUUGAGAGCUCUUACCGAAAUUGAUCCUGACUUGCAAGCCUACGCUGGUCUCAUUGAAACUACGACAAGUGAUCCAAAUGUGGCUUGGCCAUUGACGAUUCCAGGCUCGUUUGAUCUCUUGUCAGAAUUGGAUCAACAAGUCUACAACUAUUUGGUCCAGGACAAUCACACCGCUGACGCAAGCAAGGACUUAGUCCGGAAGGUAGACAGGGCGUGGGGUAUCCGAAUGCAGCAACAAGAUAGUCGAGUGCACGCUACUCCUUUAUCCAUCCUUUACCAAAGAUCAUUGCAGGGCGUCGUGACAGAAGAGAAGAUCGAUCUGUACAUUGGCAUUGGAUUCCGUCUUGUUUGCUGGGCGAUGGGUGGUUUUGCCUGUCUUCUUUCAAUAGCUUUUGCCAUUUGGGUGUAUGUGAAUCUAGAUCAGCGGGUGGUGAAAGCGUCGCAACCUCUGUUCUUAUGGUUGGUUUGUGCAGGGGCGUUCAUCAUGGCUUCCUCUAUAUUCCCAUUCGGAAUUGAAGACGAUAUUGUUUCCUAUCGCGGAGCUUCCAUUUCGUGCAUGUCCAGUAUGUGGCUAUAUGCACUUGGAUUUGUCAUGAUGGUUUCCGCACUUUAUUCCAAGAUUUGGCGAAUCAAUCGGAUCUUUCGAUACGCUCACAAAAUUCGGCAAAUCAGAAUCGAGAAAAAGCACAUUAUGGUUCCAUUUGGUUUUCUAUUUUCCAUCAACUUUUUAUUGCUGGUAAUUUGGACAAUAGUAGAUCCAUAUGAAUGGAUCCGUGAGGAGGCAAAUCCAGGGUUCACGAAUGGAUUUUGUAACUCGGAUCACUACUGGGCCUUCAUCGCCAUGUUAGUGUUCGCCAACUUGCUUGUCGCCUGCUAUACUCUGAUCCAAGCGUUCGAGUGUCGAAAAUUGUCAACUGAAUACGGAGAAAGCAAUUGGAUUGGUUUUUCCUUGGCCUUCAUUGUUCAAGUCUGGUUGAUUGGGCUUCCCAUUCUGCAACUGACCGGAACCACACCUGACUGGCUCUUUCUUACAAAAACAUGCAUUGUUUUCUUUAGUUGCGUGAGCACCUUGCUCUGUGUAUUUAUUCCCAAGAUCCAGUACUUACGGGAUGAGGCAACAAAAGAAGACAACGAAAGACAACUGAGUGGUAGUGGAAGAACUAGCAUGUUUGGGGCAGUGGUGAAGCCCUUCCAAUCCGGCUUUGGAAUGAUUCGCAUGGGGUCGCAAUAUAUGAUCUCCCGAUCCUCGCAACACAAUACUUCCGAAAACAUGGAAAAAAGGAAGAACAGGACUUCGGGAGUGAUUGGCAUUCGAAUUGUUCGAGCUUCCGGAGAGUACGCCCAAGAUAUGGAAAAAUUGCAAAAGAAUCUCAAGACUGCGGAAUCCCGAAGACGAAUGCUGCAAGACCAACUGGAAGGCCUUCAGGAACAAUUUGAGCAGUACAUCAUAUCCCAUCAUCCUCAUGGUGCCCACGUUGGGGCCCAUAUGGAUGCACUCGCAAACUCAGAAAGAACUAAGUGA